GGCACCGGAAGCGGUUGCCGGAAGCGGCCGCUCCGUCCCGUGGGGCCAUGGCGGCAGGCGGCCCCUGAGGCGCCGCCAUGUAUUCGGGUGCCGCCGCCGCGGGAUCGCCGCGCCGGGACUUCAUCUCCGUCACUCUCGGCCCAGAGGAGGUGGCCGGGGUCGGUGGCUAUAACAACAGCAAGGCUUGGCGGCGGCGCUCCUGCUGGCGGAAAUGGAAGCAGCUGUCCCGACUCCAGCGGAGUGUCAUUCUCUUCCUGUUUGCGUUCUUGGCAGUGUGUGGAGUAAUUUCGUACACAAGCAUGGGGGAAACAUGGAAAAGUAUAACAAACAAAUCAUUGGAUGAUCAGAGAACAGAACAAGAAAUUCCUAGAUUGAAGCUGGCAAAUCCAGCUGUUCUACCAGCACCCCAGAAAGCAGAUGCCAACCAUGGAGACUACCCUGAGCUUUCACUGCAGAAGCCACCAAAACCACCUCAUGUUCGUCGUGGUCCUUCCAAUCUUCAGAUAAAGGCGCCAUGGAGAGACACAAGACUGAAGACCCAACAUGAUACCAUGAGGGCUGUAGAAGAGCUGGUCGAAAAGGAUAAAGUAGAGAAAACGGAGAAAUCCAUUAUCAGCUGGAGAGGAGCAGUGAUAGAACCUGACCAAAGCACAGAACCUCCAUCCAGUAAAAUAAUGGACGUAGAAAAACCUUCACCUGUGGAACCUGAAGACCAGAAAGAACCAAUGCCCAUCAAUGAGCGCCAGCUGGCUGUGAUUGAAGCCUUCCGCCAUGCCUGGAAAGGGUACAAGGAUUUUGCCUGGGGCCACGAUGAGCUGAAGCCUUUGUCCAAGUCCUACAGCGAGUGGUUUGGACUUGGGCUUACCUUAAUUGAUGCCUUGGAUACCAUGUGGAUUUUAGGCUUAAAAGAAGAGUUUGAAGAAGCAAGAAAAUGGGUAGCAAAUGAUUUAGUCUUUGAUAAAAAUGUGGAUGUGAACCUGUUUGAGAGCACUAUCCGUAUCCUGGGUGGCUUGCUGAGCACCUACCACCUCUCUGGAGAUAGCCUUUUCCUGGAAAAAGCUAAAGACAUUGGAAACAGGCUUAUGCCAGCAUUCAAGACGCCGUCCAAGAUACCUUAUUCUGAUGUCAACAUUGGUCGGGGCACUGCACAUCCCCCUCGCUGGACGUCUGACAGCACUGUGGCGGAGGUGACCAGCAUUCAGUUGGAGUUCAGGGAGCUCUCUCGUCUGACUGGAAAUGAGAAAUUCCGGAAAGCUGUAGAUGAGGUGAUGAAGCAUGUUCACAUCCUCUCAGGGAAAAACGAUGGCCUGGUGCCUAUGUUCAUCAACACCAACAGUGGACAGUUCACCCACCUGGGGGUCUACACUCUGGGAGCCAGAGCUGACAGUUACUAUGAGUAUCUACUGAAGCAGUGGAUUCAGGGUGGAAAGAAAGAAAAUGAGCUGUUGGAAGACUAUAUGAGAGCCAUAGAAGGAGUGAAAAAGCAUCUUCUUCAGAGAUCAGAGCCCAAGAAGCUUACUUUUGUAGGAGAGCUUGCUCAUGGCCAUUUCAGUGCCAAGAUGGAUCACUUGGUUUGCUUCUUGCCGGGUACUUUAGCACUGGGAGCUCACAAUGGACUGGCUGCUGAUCAUAUGAAAUUGGCUGAAACUCUUAUAGAAACCUGCUACCAGAUGUAUGCUCAAGUAGAGACAGGCCUGAGCCCAGAGAUUGUACACUUCAACCUCCAUGCACAGAAGGGCCACAAGGAUGUAGAAAUCAAGCCUGCAGACAGACACAAUUUAUUGCGACCAGAAACUGUGGAAAGCCUUUUUUAUAUGUACAGAUUCACUGGUGAUAAGAAAUAUCAAGACUGGGGCUGGGAAAUCUUGCAGAAUUUCAACAGAUACACCAGGGUUCCUACGGGUGGUUAUACUUCUAUUAACAAUGUUCAGAAUCCCAGUAAUCCAGAACCACGGGAUAAAAUGGAGAGCUUCUUCCUUGGCGAAACACUCAAAUACAUGUUUCUGCUAUUCUCAGAUGACAUAGACUUAAUCAACCUUGACAAAUAUGUCUUUAACACAGAGGCUCAUCCACUCCCUAUCUGGGUACCAGCAUAGACUCUACAUCAGUGGAUCUUCCAGUGGUGGCAUUAUCUUCAAGUCACUUUACUUUUCAGGGUUUGAGGAGAGAUGCUAUAAUGCACCUUUUUUGACUUCAAACAACAGACAGAAGCUUGGGAAAAGCAUUUCUGGUUUGAAGAAAUCACAUCAGUCUUAAAUCUGAUCUCUGGUUCUGGGAUAGGCAAAGCUGUGCCAUAUGAAGCUGAUUUCCCUGGUGCUGAGGUUCAGAAGGUAAUUGUAGCGUGGACCAUGACAUUCUUUGGGCUCUGAUGGCCCACUUAACUGAUGACUCAUUUAUGUCAGUGUUACUAAAUGCUCAUUAAAUGCUGAGAAUGCAGCGAA